UGGAUGGGAAGCUGAUCACUGAGGAGAACACUCAUAUGCUGCUGCUUGUUUUUGCAGACUUAAUCACCCAGCUUCCCCCUUACUUCCCAGCCAAACAUGAAGAUUAGAUUUGCUUUUAUCAUGAGAUUUCCAGCAAAGAUCCAAUCAUCUCUGGAAAGGGGGGAUGCCUAAAGUACUUGCAGAGGAGUGUGUGUGGCUCAGAUGAGAGGUUAAUCUGCUGGAUCUCCUGAGACGGUGGAAGCUCAGUUUCUCUCUCUCUCUCCUCACUUGGUCUCGUGAAGCAGGCUCUGGCUUCUGGAAAGUCCCUCGAAGGAGGACCUCUUGUGGACCUUGCAAGGUGGUGAGGAAGGACCAGCUGUGGACAUUGCUUGGGUGGCAGUCGGGGGAAGAUCAGUUGUGGACCUUACCUGGCGGUGAAGGAGGACCCGCUGUGGACCUUACCUGGUUGAGGACCAGUUGUGGACUUUGUCUAGUAGAGCUGGUGGUGGUGAAGGAGGACCAGGACCUUACCUAGUGGAGGUGGCGAACCAGUUGUGGACUUUGGUAUAGCUGGUGGUGGAGGAGGACCAGUUGUGGACAUUCCCUGGUUGUGGUGGUGGUUGAGAACAGUUGUGGACUUGGUGGUGCUGGCUAUCAGAAGCCAAGCAGCUUAUUUUUGUGGCUGCUUUAGAGCAACCCCCAGCGAUGCAGUGAUGGGCUAGCGAGCUGGGAACCAGAACCGAGAGGACGAAGACAGAGUAGGGUGGAUGAAGCAGAUAAUGAGGUGGAAAUAUCACCCAAACAGCCACUGUGUGCUCGCCCUUCCCAGCGAGUAAUCCUGCCUAGCAGCAUGCACUGAAUGCAGGGGAUGGAGAGCUUGUUCUGCCGCCGCCUCUCUCCAGUGUCUAGCAUGGAUCCCUGUGCCAGCCCUGGACUCUGGUACCCCCUCCUCUGCAUCCUAGCAAGUCUCAUCCCACACACAGCCCAGCAGGUCCUGAGGAUUGGAGGAAUAUUUGAAAUGCAGGAAAACGAGCCAAUUAACAUUGAAGAAUUAGCUUUCAAGUUUGCAGUCACCAACAUUAAUAGAAAUCGGACUCUGAUGCCCAAUACUACACUAACCUAUGACAUCCAGAGAAUUAACCUGUUUGAUAGCUUUGAGGCUUCCAGGAGAGCUUGCGACCAGCUUGCCCUUGGCGUGGCUGCAUUGUUUGGACCUUCUCACAGUUCUUCAGUCAGCGCUGUACAAUCUAUUUGCAAUGCCCUGGAAGUUCCUCACAUACAAACACGAUGGAAACAUCCAUCUGUCGACAACAAAGACAGCUUUUUUAUCAACCUUCAUCCAGACUAUGCUGCAAUCAGCAGGGCAGUCCUGGACUUGGUUUUGCACUACAGCUGGAAAACCGUAACUGUUGUGUAUGAAGAUAGUACAGGAUUAAUUCGCCUCCAAGAACUCAUCAAAGCUCCAUCAAGAUUCAACAUCAAAAUAAAAAUUCGUCAGUUACCCUCAGGGAAUAAAGACGCCCGGCCUUUGUUAAAAGAAAUGAAAAAAGCCAAGGAAUUUUAUGUGAUAUUCGACUGUUCACAUGAAACAGCAGCAGAGAUUCUCAAACAGAUCCUCUCAAUGGGCAUGAUGACAGAAUACUAUCACUACUUUUUCACGACCUUGGAUUUGUUUGCGUUAGACCUGGAGCCAUACAGAUACAGUGGAGUCAAUAUGACUGGAUUCCGACUACUUAACAUUGAAAAUCCUCAGGUUUCAUCGGUUGUUGACAAGUGGUCAAUGGAGCGGCUUCAAGCUCCACCGAAACCAGAAACGGGCCUUCUUGAUGGCAUGAUGACAACAGAUGCUGCUUUGAUGUACGAUGCCGUUUACAUGGUCGCCAUCGCAACUCAAAGAGCCGCGCAAAUGACAGUAAGCUCUCUGCAGUGUCACAGACACAAGCCUUGGAGAUUUGGACCUCGAUUUAUGAACCUCAUCAAAGAGGCGAGAUGGGAUGGUUUGACAGGUCGAAUCACCUUCAAUAGAACGGAUGGAUUAAGAAGAGAUUUUGAUUUGGAUAUUAUUAGCCUCAAGGAAGAUGGGAUGGAAAAGGCUGCUGGGGAAACAAGUAAUCAGUUAAAUAAAGUUUGGAAAAAGGUUGGCCUCUGGAAUUCCAAUUUAGGUCUUAAUAUGACAGACAAUUCUAAAGACAAAUCUGCUAAUAUAACGGACUCUCUGGCUAACCGUACUCUAAUUGUCACUACGAUACUGGAGGACCCCUAUGUAAUGUACAAGAAGUCUGAUAAGCCAUUGUAUGGAAAUGACAGAUUUGAAGGCUAUUGUUUGGAUUUAUUAAAAGAACUAUCAAACAUUCUGGGAUUUAUUUAUGAAGUCAAGCUGGUAGGCGAUGGGAAGUACGGAGCUCAAAAUGACAAAGGAGAGUGGAACGGAAUGGUCAGAGAACUAAUUGAUCAUAAGGCAGACCUGGCCGUUGCACCGCUCACUAUUACAUAUGUUAGGGAGAAAGUGAUAGAUUUCUCUAAGCCAUUCAUGACGCUGGGAAUCAGCAUCUUGUAUCGAAAGCCCAACGGUACAAAUCCUGGCGUGUUUUCUUUCCUCAACCCUCUGUCUCCUGACAUCUGGAUGUAUGUCCUGCUUGCCUGUCUGGGAGUUAGCUGCGUCUUGUUCGUCAUUGCAAGAUUCACCCCCUACGAGUGGUAUAACCCACACCCGUGUAACCCGGACUCCGAUGUAGUGGAAAACAAUUUCACUUUGCUAAAUAGUUUCUGGUUUGGAGUUGGAGCUCUCAUGCAACAAGGAUCAGAGUUAAUGCCCAAAGCACUUUCUACCAGAAUAGUAGGAGGCAUAUGGUGGUUUUUUACCCUGAUCAUCAUUUCCUCCUACACUGCCAACUUGGCAGCCUUUCUAACCGUAGAAAGGAUGGAGUCUCCCAUAGAUUCUGCCGAUGAUUUGGCAAAGCAAACGAAAAUCGAGUAUGGCGCUGUGAGAGAUGGAUCAACUAUGACCUUUUUUAAGAAAUCUAAGAUCUCCACCUAUGAGAAAAUGUGGGCCUUUAUGAGUAGUAGGCAGCAGACGGCUCUGGUUAAGAACAAUGAUGAGGGAAUACAACGAGUCCUGACGACUGACUAUGCUCUUCUAAUGGAGUCCACAAGCAUUGAACAUGUAACUCAAAGAAAUUGCAACCUGACACAGAUUGGAGGACUUAUUGACUCUAAAGGAUACGGCGUUGGAACUCCAAUUGGAUCUCCAUACAGAGAUAAAAUUACAAUAGCCAUUUUACAGCUGCAAGAGGAAGGAAAGUUACAUAUGAUGAAAGAAAGGUGGUGGCGCGGGAAUGGUUGCCCAGAAGAAGAUGGCAAAGAAGCUAGUGCUUUGGGAGUGGAAAACAUCGGUGGCAUCUUCAUCGUACUUGCUGCAGGACUUGUUCUAUCAGUGUUUGUCGCAAUAGGAGAAUUCAUAUACAAAUCCAGGAAAAACAGUGACAUAGAACAGGCCUUUUGUUUCUUUUACGGAAUGCAAUGUAAGCCACCUCAUCCAUCCAACUCUACUUCAGGAACCACACUAUCUACGGAAUUAGACUGUGGCAAAUUAAUUCGAGAGGAAAGAGGGAUUCGAACACAACCCCCCAUUCACACUGUAUAGUCAGUAAAUAAAAGGUGUGUUCAAAAAAAAGAAGACGUUUGUAGAUGACUUGGAUCAAGGGUUUUGUUUUCGUGUGUAAAAGCUGUAGAACCGUUGUCUACCUCAGCUGAAUAAGGGCAAAUGUGACCUAGAAAAUAAUGGACUAUAAUGAAAGUUAAUGACUGUUGGCAUGCUGUUGGUAUAAUGGAAGAUAAUGAAAGAUAAUGACUGUUGGUAUGCUUUAUAAAGUAGAUAUGGUGAUCUACACAUAGAUUUCCUUUAGUAUGUCCCUGAAGCAAAUAGAAGAUUCAUAUUGUUGGAGCCUUAACAUUGAUGUUAUUUGCUAAGUAAAGGUAACUGUUUUGCUGAUUAAUAUGAAUGUGGCUUUUUAUAUUCUCUGUGUAAAGUGUGAAGGGUCUGUAUUCUCCAAAAGGCCACGUAUAUGUACAGUUUUGUAAUGUAUUAUUUAAACAGUAUUGGUCAGAUAUUUAUCGUGAACAGGAGCCCAAUAUCCCGAGGUCAGAGUGGGACAUGGGCUUAUUGGAGUGAAAAGAAAAAAAAUCUAAAGUUGACAAAAACUCUGCAAAAGAAACUCAUGGAUACCUGGUGGAGAUCUGGAAAAGAUGUACCUUUUAGAUAUUGGGUAUGGAGACAAAAGAUAUAGGAACCAGGAAAACAGUCUAUUGCAUUUGGAAUGUAGAUACAUGGUGAAGAGAUAUAUAUAGAGAGUUCUGUAAAAUAGAUGUAGAAGUUGAGGACCAAUAUUCUAGAAAUGAAAGGAGAAUUAUUAUGAAGAUAAAAGGAAAAAGGUGGUAUUUUAUAGCUGGAUCGAGGUGACAAUGUAGUACAUACACUAUAACUGGAGACAUGGGUAAUUGGAAAGCUGGCAAUGGGUAGCGACACAAAAAAAACAGCAUUGGAGCUAGAAGGGUAGGUCUGAUGUACACAUGAAAGCUUGGAUAAAAUUCACAAAGUAAACAGGGAAAAUAUAAAUUCACUUUCUGUGGAUGAAGUAGGUAUCAAGUAGUCUUAUUGGAGGUAGGGAAAAUAGAAACAAUGUGCACAUAGAACCUGUGAUAAUUUAAUAGACUUACUCGCUUAAGAGGGAAUUGUUAUUAGGAGGAUAUAUACUUUAAUUUCAAAAUUCAUAAAAUUGUGUAGACAGAUGAGACUAAAGACACUGCCUUCCAGACAACUCAAUAGUAUGAGUAACACAAAAGGAAACUGUGAUAGCUAUAGUGGAAAUUGUAAGAAUCGAGUGUAUACAUGCAUCAAAAUGAAAAUGCACUGAUGUAAAAAAUAUGAUGAAUAUA